AUGAGCACGAUUAGCGUGGACGAGAGCAAGCUGCCCCGCCUGGAGCGGAGGAUGCUUGGCGUGAACCCGGGAGAGCGCGUCGAGCUCGGCUCCUCGCGCCCGGCCUCGAACUGGCCCCAGUGCUCGCCGCGGGACCAGGCCGCCGGGCCCGAAUCCGCCCGUGCCGCGGACAACGGCGUGUGCACUCCCACCGGCAACAGCUACGGAUCCCAGGGCGCGCUCAACGCCGUCAUUCCCGGAACGCAGACCCAAGAGGAGGCGCAAAACGGAGGCAGUCCGCCUUCGUUGCGCCGGGAGGCCGAGCCCGAGGCCGCCGACGGCAACCUGGAGGGCCAGGGCGCGGCGAAGCGCCCGCGCCUGGACCACUUCGCCGACCUCUCGAACGGAGCGCAGCCGGCGGGCCAGCCAGCGCCCGCGCAGCCCCCGCCCGGGCCCUCGCGCGACCCGCUGCCCACUUCCGGCGGGAAGCGCAAAGCCGCGCAGCCGCGGCGGCACGUCCGCGCGAACCGCGACGCCCCCGCCGUCUCUGCGGAGAUCACCGACCAGGGACCCCAGCCGAGCGCUUCCAACGCCACAGUCGGGGAGCAGCCGCCGCGGACGCCUGACGGCGCCACACCGACGCGGGGCGGGAACACCCCCAGCCGCGGCGGCGGCGCGGUGGGCGGCGCGGGCCGGCGGGAGCGCGGCGGCGCGAACACGCUGCGCGGACAGCGCACCAUCCUCGACAUCUUCGGCGUCGGCGACGGCGGCGCGGCCCCGGCCCCUGACGCCUUCAUCAGCGCUCAGGUCCGCGCCGGGGCGCCCCGGGCGGCCCCGGCGCUCGACGGCGACGGGCACUCGCGCGCAGGCUUCGAGCCGGACGUCCAGGUCGUCGCGCCGCCGCAGCACCCGGCCCGCGGCGGCGCGCACGACCCCCCCCGCGACGUCGGGCGCCCGGGGGACGCCCGCGCGCUCGCCGCGGCGCGCGCCGAGUGCGAGCGCCUCGCCGCGGCCCUCGAGUCGACGCACAUGGAGUACCGCGCGCGCGCCGAGCGCGCCAUGCGCCGCCUGGCCAUCUGGUUCGCGCGGGCGCAGCGCGACGCGGACGGCAUGCGCGUUGCCGUCAAGUCAUCCACGCUGGGCUAUUUGGGGAUUCAGCGCGUCGGCAUGCAGCUCUCGGAGGCGUGGGAGCCCGGGCUGGCCGUCCUGGAGCUCGAGAAGCAGAAGGAGUCGCUGGAGCGGCGCCGGCGGGAGGUCGAGGAGGCGCGCGCAGACCUGCAUCGCAACCACAAGCCGCUGGCGCCGGGGGCGCGCGCGGCGGCGUCGGACGCCCCGCGGAUGGACCCCGCGCAGUUCAUACAGCGCAAGGAGGGCCUCGACGGGCGGCUCGCGGCGAUCAAGCGGCAGGAGAAGUCCCUGGAGCGCGAACUCGAGCGCGUGCAGCUCGAAGUGCUGCGGCACUCGCAGGAGCUGAAGCGCACGCGCGCGCAGGAGCAGUCGCGCUUCGCGGGCGUCGAGAUGCUCAACGACCGCUACAUCCUCCUCUCGCUGCUCGGCAAGGGCGGCUUCAGCGAGGUGUUCAAGGCCUGGGACCUGCGCGACAUGCGCGUGGUGGCGUGCAAGCUGCACCAGAUCGACUCGUGCUGGAGCGAGCCGCGGCGGCAGAACUACAUCCGGCACGCCAUCCGCGAGUACGACAUCCACAAGACGCUGCGGCACCCGAACGUUGUGCAGCAGCUGGACGUGUUCGAGGUGGACGGGUCGGACGGGUCCGCGUUCGCGACGGUGCUCGAGAUGUGCGAGGGCGGCGACCUCGACCAGCACCUCAAGGAACACCGGGUUCUGCCCGAGAAGGAGGCGCGCGCGGUGAUCACGCAGGUGCUCGCGGGGCUGCGGUACAUCUCCGAGGGCGGCGGCCCGGACCGCCCGCGCGUCAUCCACUACGACCUAAAGCCCGCCAACAUUCUGUUUGGCAGAACGGGCGAGGUCAAGAUCUCCGACUUCGGGCUCUCCAAGGUCGUGGCGGAGGGCCACACGCAGGGCCUCGAGCUCACGUCGCAGGGCUGCGGGACGUACUGGUACCUGCCGCCGGAGUGCUUCCAGGCGGCCUCGAGCGCCACGGGCGGCGCACCGCGCAUCACGAGCAAGGUGGACGUGUGGGCGGUGGGCGUGAUCCUGUACCAGAUGCUGUACGGUAGGCGGCCGUUCGGGGACGGCAUGAGCCAGGAGCGCAUCCUGCGGGACGGCGUGAUGCUGAAUGACACGCGCGAGGUGACGUUCGACGCGCAGCCCAAGGUGUCGGAGCAGGGCAAGGAGUUCAUGCGGCGGUGCCUCGCGCACCGGCAGCAGGACCGCAUGGACGUCGCGGAGGCCGCGGAGCACCCGUACAUCGCGGCGGGCGGGGGCCGCAAGUAG